GACCAAAAAGUUGAUAUGUGAGGCAUUUUAUGCACACGCUCAACAUUUAUCUUAUCAAUCAGCCAAAAAAUAUAGAAUUAAAAAUUUGUGGUGAAAUAGCAAGACAACAUGCCUGUAUUGGUUGGUAUAUAAAUAGCCGAAUUAGACACAGCAGUUCAGUUGUUUCAACGCAGUGAGUUUGAAUAGAUCGCAAUGAGUUUAGCUGGUAAAGUUGUUAUUGUAACCGGAGCGAGUUCUGGAAUCGGAGCGGUCACAGCUAAGGCCUUUGCCAAACAGGGUUCCAAAGUGGUGCUCACAGGACGAAAUGAAGCAAAUUUAAAAGCUACAGAAACUGCCUGUAAAGCAGCCAACAACAAAGUGGAACUACUACUCAUCACCGCCGAUGUCACAGUUGAUGCGGAACGCAUUAUAAACUCGACAAUUGACAAGUUCGGACAAUUGGAUGUGUUGGUGAAUAAUGCCGGUUUUGGUGAAAUGGGUUCAAUCUUAGAUAUUGAAGUCGAUCAAUUUGAUCGCGUCCUCGAUACCAAUCUGCGUUCGGUCUUCCUGCUGACUAAAUACGCCGCACCACAUCUUGUGAAGACCCAAGGUAAUAUCGUGAAUGUCUCCAGCAUCGCAGGAUUGCGUGCAUUCCCUGGUGCAUCGGUCUAUUGCACCUCCAAGGCAGCACUGGAUCAAUUCACCAGAUGUAUUGCCUUGGAUUUGGCGCCGAAUAAUGUGCGUGUGAAUGCCGUAAAUCCUGGUACGAUUGUGACAGAAUUCCUAAAGCGUGUUGGCUUGUCGGAUGAGGAAGAAGCCAAAUUUUUGGAACAUCCAAAGUCUGCACAUGCAUUGGGUCGCGUCGGCGAACCCAAUGAAGUAGCCGAUGCCAUUAUUUUCUUAGCCAGUGACAGUUCGAGCUUCAUAACGGGCGCAACUCUGCCGAUCGAUGGCGGCAGACACGCGAUGUGUCCACGUUAAUAUUUCUAAGAAUAGUUAGAUAUAGUAUAUAAAAAUAAAAAAAAAAUACUCUUUAAAAUAAA